AUGGAACCUGGUCGCGCGAACACGCCAAUUGAGGGCCUUGCCGAUGGUCCUUGCCCACCCUGUGAGGCGGUCGAACUUGCCUUGCCCGCCUCCCGGCUUCUCUGUAGCUGGGGCAAAGGACUUCUUCUCCCUGCCAGCGCGGGUGACGCCAGCAAUGUUUUAGGGGACGACUAUGACAACAGGCUUGCAUUUGGUGAGGUGCCAUUGCACUUCACUCCACGCCAGCUGCAUGCCCUCUUCCGCCCUCGCUUUCACACCCUUUCCUUUGCAGAGUGUCAUGCCAGACUCCCGGCAAGCCAGCAGAAUGUUCUACGGAGAUUGGUGGAACGGUCAAGCGAUCCACUGCCUUUUGGGUUGGUGUGCUACACGGAUGGCUCAUACACCCCUGAUGGCCCGCACCAUGGCUGCACGGCGGGUUGGUCCUGUGUCUUCAUCAACCGCGGCCGCUUCGCCACAUGCGAUAGCGACCGUAGGGAGAGCGCCAGACAUGAUCUCGCAUUCUUCCCUGUCGCACAGGUUGGAGGUGUCGCCUCCGUCCUGGGGCACGUUUCGGAGUGCUGUCGGGCGACUGCGGUGCAGCCCGCCACCAUCACCUAUACCCCAGGGCACGCCGGGAUCCUCGGGAACGAGAUUGCAGAUGUUGCCGCCAAAUCGGCCGCCAAAGGCUCUCCUAUGGGCCGCCUCCACUGGGAGCAAGAAGACGGCGUUGAUUGGCGGGCAGCUCAGGGCGAAAAUUGGUCUUGGGCCAGCAUUGUUUGCCGCUGGGCCCAAGGCGAUGAUGCCUUGCCUUCGCCACUCGGCGAUGAGAUUCGUACCGGCAAGCAUGACGGCAUCGGGUUGCGGAAGAAGGACUUGCUUUCCAACCCGCCCGGCCCGCUUUGCUUGCGUCUCAGCUUGAAGCCGAAGGUGUUCACUGCGCCGCCAUCCAGGAGGCCCGCAUCUGUCGAAUCCGAGUCCGUCUCCUCACACGGGGGUGAGGAGCAAGACCACUCCGUGACCUCCUCCACGCGUGCCUUGCCAAGUGCGAACUUUGGGCCCCUGCUACUUUCGCCGAUAUCCAGGAAGGACUUGGGCCUUUGCUCAGCGGCGCAAUGGGGCUCUCACCAGGCCUGA